AUGGACGCCAAAAUGCCAUCACUUUCUUCCGCAGCGCCAGCCGCCGCCACGACAAACGACAGCGCCUCGCGGCCCAAGCCUUGCUGCGUGUGCAAGGACGAAAAGGCCAAGCGCGACGAGUGCAUGCUCUUCUCCAACGCAAAGGACCCCCAGGCCGACUGCCAGUCGUUUGUGCAGCAGUACAAGAGCUGCAUGCUCGGCUUCGGAUACAAGGUUUAG